UCGCAACGCGCAUGCGUGAAAAUGGGGAAGGCGUGGCGGGCGCCAUGGCAACGCGUGGCUGAAGGGGUCCUGCCUUGAGGCUUGGUGUGGAGUGCUGCUCGCUAGGACUCAUCCAUGGCAGGUAAAAGCAGCAAACCCAAGCGUGGCAAAGGCAAAAGCUCUAAAAACAAAACAAAGAAGGUGGUGAAGGACGUGGAUAUCCUCAGCUCAGCUGCCAUGCUCAACGCCCAUUACAUCUGCCAUAAUGUCCCUGCCUGCUUAGAGGUGCGGGGCUUUCCUUGGCCUGGCUCCCCCAAAAAGAAGGGGAAGAGACGGAAGUAGCUGGCUGGAAAGCAAAGGAUGUGAUGAAAGCCAAGCUCCCCCUGAUAAGAAGAGACUUUUUUGAACUUUAGACUCAUAGCAGUAUCUCCAGUGGUUAGCUCAAAUAUUUUGCCAUAAUCACUGUUGUGUCCACGCAAAGACACUCAUUAUAGCUCAAGCUUACAGUGACAAAUGGCGAGUGACACUGGUGCUGUCGUAAUUUCAGCUGUGGCCCUUAGACCUUAGUUCUGUGCAGAAUAAAACACUGAGUCUCAGCA